AUGAUGCCGUUGGUGCUGGUAAUCCUCAACUAUGCGGGCGACGUGGACGAGGCCUCGCGGAAAAUUGACGAAGGAAAGAUGAUCGUCAACGAGUACGCGAGGAAGCACAAUCUGAACGUAUUCGACGGUCACGAACUCAGGAACUCGACACGCCAGAAAAUGCUGGAAAUUAAUAAUACUAAUAUAAGUGGUGUACUAUCAUCGUCGAUGAAGUUAUUUUGCGAAUGA